UGUGCUGAGGUCUGGCCUACAAGUCUAGCAGUUGGGAAUCCCAAAAAGAACCAGCGCAUGUGGACUUGAUUUGUUACUUGUUCUGUGGCUUCAUAGAACAGAAAAAAGCCCCACCAAUGUGCAUUUUAGUCUCCAAAUGAUGCUUAUAAAUGGAGCCCCCCUUAGUACAUUCAACAUCACAACAUCGCAAACAAAUUAAAACUGCACAUUCACCUAUCUGAAAAGGAAAUUUCCAAUGGCAAUCCAAAAAUCUUCUACAGCACUAGCUAUUAUUCUCAUUUUUCUCUUUGUUGACAUGCACUUGCAUGGUGCCACUGCUGACUAUGGCGGUUGGCAGGGUGCUCAUGCCACUUUCUAUGGUGGUGGUGAUGCUUCUGGCACAAUGGGAGGAGCAUGUGGUUAUGGGAAUUUGUAUAGUCAGGGAUAUGGAACUAACACUGCAGCUCUGAGCACAGCUUUGUUCAAUAAUGGCUUGAGCUGUGGGGCUUGUUAUGAGAUGAAGUGUGUUGAUGACCCAAGAUGGUGCAAGCCUGCAGCCACCAUUGUUGUGACUGCAACAAACUUUUGUCCACCAAAUUUUGCUUUGCCUAACAAUAAUGGUGGUUGGUGCAACCCUCCUCUGCAGCACUUUGAUAUGGCAGAACCAGCAUACCUCCAAAUUGCUCAAUUUAAAGCUGGAAUUGUGCCUGUGGCAUUUAGAAGAGUGUCUUGUGUGAAAAAGGGAGGAAUAAAGUUCACAAUCAAUGGCCACUCUUACUUCAACCUGGUUUUGAUCACCAACGUCGCGGGUGCAGGGGAUGUUCAUGCAGUUUCCAUCAAAGGGUCCAGAACUGGCUGGCAACCCAUGUCAAGGAACUGGGGCCAGAACUGGCAGAGCAACUCCAACCUCAAUGGACAAAGCCUCUCUUUUCAAGUUACCUCAGGUGACCGUAGAACCGUGACAAGCGUUAACGUGGCAGCAGCUAACUGGCAGUUUGGCCAGACCUUCCAAGGGGGUCAGUUUUAGAGUUUGCUAUGUGGGGUAGGUUAGUGAAAAGGUUUGUAGGUAUUGAUUCAUGAGUGAGCUCAAAAAAAAGUAUUGGAGGCAUUGAUUCUUGUAGUUGUGUGAUAAUGAUUCUUCAAAGUAGCUGAGGUGAUUAUAUAGGGUGCCCAAGGUGGACCAUUAAUAAAUUGGUCCACCGGUGCACCAUGAUUUAUAACCAUGAGAUUUUAGCAUCUUAGAAUAUUCUCUAAUUGAAUGGUCAGGAUUUGAUAGAUGAAAAA